GGCAACAUCUCCACUGUGAGAAGUUUGGAUGUGUGACGAAAUUGUGGGAUGCGAUUCAUCCGCGCUGCCCAGAAGAAAGACGUUCCGGUCAGGAAAAAAAGAGAGAGAGAGAAAGAAGAAGAAGGGGGAGGCAGAAAACUGCAGGAAAGAAAGAAACUCAAAGUUAAUCGAUGCCGUUUAAUUUUCGGACUUCAAAAGACGCCUUUUUAAACGCGGUUCUUCCUCCGAGAGAGCCCGGGCGAGUAUGAGACCUUUCUGCACUUUGUUUCGUUUAGUAACUUCUUUUCUCCUUCUUUGAAGGUUUCCACUAUUUUUACACUCUUUUUUGGGGAGGGGGGGCAUGAUGUUCUUCGUUUUCUUUGAACGGGACUGGAAAUAGUGAGGACGCUUUGAGGGAACGUGAGAUCUUCACUCGCCCUCUCAAGGAUUUUUCUCUUUUCUGUUUUUGGUUUGUUUUAUUGCUUUACAGCGUGGAUUUUACUAUCUCUCACGGGAGAAGACGAAGCUCUUUUGUGGAAAGCAGAGAAAAGGAUAUUUUUUCUCUCUUCUCUCUCCCUUCCUCUUUUCUGGAGCCCGCUAGCUGAGCUGAGCUGAGCUGAAGAAAACCUGCCUGCCCCUCCAACCAACGACGUGAGAAGCUUAACUUCUUUGGACUCUACUUAAAAAGGCGUAGGUUGAUUUUGAAGAUAUUGUAUGUACCAGCAACAGUUCUCGGCGAAAACCCACUGAAACAAAGGACUAAGUGGACUGUUUUCAGCUGCCUCCGGUGUAAAGGCUGAAGGACCAACAGCGGUCUUCUCUAAUGUGACCGCUACGUUCACCGCGUUUGAACGGGCCGUUCAGUUUAAGCCGCUUCUGCUUUAUUGUUUUUCUUGCUUUUCUUUUAAGGACUGAUGAGAUUUACAGCCUCGGGACGCGGUCUUCUGUAGCUAACUGACCCUUUUUAUUUGUCAGAGUGUACAAGUAGCCGCUGGAGGCUUCCUUGGUCUCCUAACAGAUGGAUGUACAUGUUUCUCCUCACACAUGCGUGCUCCUGAGAUUCCCUGCGUGGAAACGUUCAGGCUCCAUCCAGCGCCUGUUCAAGCAUGACUAGUGCGAAAUGUAGCCUGCAGAAAAUGUCAUAACGUGUUUUUUUUUAUUUAUCUCUGUUUUUAUGUGAUAUUUAUUUUUAGCUGAAGACGUCAGACAGGUCUGUUAUUUUUUUAGACUUGUUUUUUUUAUUUGUCUAAUCACGUUUCUUACUGUCUUUGUCAUUUCACCUGCUGUAGACCUACUUGAAUUUGUAUUUGACACUGUAUUUAUGAUACUGUAUUUAAGCUGUAGUCUUUCAGGUGUCAUUUCAUUACUUUAGUAUUUGUAGGGGUGUCUGAUAGGGGGUAGAUAUUCAGUGAUGGAGCGCAUCGGCACCAAGCUGAAGCAGAAGUUUAAGCUUCCCGACUCUGGCAGUGUCAAGUUUAGUAAGAAGAAAAAUGAACUGGCCAACACGAAUAACAACAGUAACAGCAGCAGUGCCGGUAUUGCAGCACCGGUAGUGGCACACUUGAAUCCGACGAAUAGCCCAGCGCCUCCGAGUCUGGCUCAGUUCAGCUCUGCGGAGGCAUGUGGAUCGACCCUGAGUGGAAGACCCAGCAAGGUGGUCAACUCUCAGAGAGUGUCACCUUGUGUCGUCGCUGCUGCCACCUCAACUUCAGUGCCUGAGGAAUUGGGCCCUGUACGGCGCCGGUCACCCCAACAACGGGCCUCAUGUUACCUACCUGAGUCUGUGGAAGGCCGCGGUACCUGUGACCAGGUUAGGCGUGGAGAGUUGUCCCAGGGCGAGCAUGGUGACUCGCAAGGUGCGUACAGCCCAAAUUCUCGGGCGGCCCUGAACCAGCGCCGGUAUUCACUGGAGCUUCAGCAGCUUGUUCGGAGACAGCAGCUCCUCUCCCAGCCUCCGCUAUCCUCCAUACCUCCACCGUACCCCACCCAUGGCCAAGCGGCCCGCUCUGGUUCUGCAGAACCAAGCUUUCUCCCUGAGCCAGAGCGCCAUAAGCGUCUCUCUCUGCAGGAGGCACUGUUCUACAAGCGCUGGAGCUCUGGAGGAGAGCCCUGGGACAGUGGCAGGCCAGCUUCACUCUCCCACCCUCCGCAGAGGGCCCAUGACAGCCCAGGUGGUGGUUACCUCUUCCCACCGGGCCCUGCGCUGAGCCCCUGCUCAUCCUUCAGCCUGCAGGAGUCUGUGUUAGCCAGUCCGCGCUCAAGCUUUGCUAGCAGCACGGCCAGUGGAGGCGGAGGAGGUGGCAGCGGGAGUCCGAUGGGUAGCCCGUGUAGUAGUAACCGCACCAGUGGGAUCAGCUUAGGCUACGACACCCGCCAUACUACACCUGGCCCUGCUGCACAGCAGUUGCAGUUUUCCUCCACACAACUAGGUGGCACCACCUCCGGACAGGUGUAUCCAGCCUCUGGGCUAGGGAAAGCAGGAGCUCCCCCAAUGGAGGUGUGGAGGGACUACCUUGAGAGAGGCUUUCAAGAUGGACGUCACUCAUACCCACCAGCGGUCAGCGUCCCAACAGCGACCGGCCGCAGAGCAGAGCCAGAGUGGUGGAGCAGCACAGAGCAAAGAGGAGAAAGAGUGGGCGAGCGGAUGCGACACUCAGACCUGCCGGGCACUCAGUACCAGCAGGAGCUGACCAGGCUGUUGCUGAGGGACAUGGCACUGGAGGGAGAGGAACUGCUUGGAGGACUGACCCUAAAAGAGCAGCCCUUGUCCACUUCUACGCCUCCUUCAGCCCCUGCCGCACCAGCAGGGAAGUCCCAGCAAGAGGAGCACCCAACAGUGAGGGAGCCACCACAGUCAGCCCUGGAUCGACAGGAGUUCUUUGGAACAUGUGUGAAGUGCGGUAAAGGUGUAUAUGGUGCGGAUAACGCCUGCCAGGCUCUGGACAGUCUGUAUCACACGCGAUGUUUCACCUGUGUGUCCUGCGGUCGCACACUUAGAAACAAAGACUUCUACAAUGUCAGUGGAUCAGUGUACUGCAAGGAGGACUACAUGUUUUCUGGCUUCCAGGCAGCUGCUGAGAAGUGCAGUGUUUGUGGUCAUCUGAUCCUGGAGCAGAUUCUGCAGGCCUUGGGGAACUCAUAUCAUCCUGGCUGUUUCCGCUGUACUGUCUGCUCAAAGACUCUGGAUGGUGUGCCUUUCACAGUGGACUACCUCAAUAAUGUCUACUGCGUCUCGGACUACAACAGGACAUUUGCUCCUAAAUGUGCUGCCUGUUUACAACCCAUUUUACCUGCUGAGGGCAGUGAGGAGAUUCUCAGGGUGGUGUCCAUGAACAAAGACUAUCACUUUGAGUGCUAUCACUGUGAGGAGUGCGGGAAGCAGCUGUCUGAUAAGCCUGGCUCUCAGUGCUUCCCUCUGGACUCCCACCUCCUUUGCCACUCCUGCCAUAUGAGCAGAGUGUGUGCCACCCACAGCCUCCCCCCACAGAACACACACUGAGCAGGGAGGGAGCGUUUCUGCUGGACCAACAUACACAGCUUUUUACUGACAUGCAUAUUUGCCACCAAGGUUAUUCGUUGCUGUCUUGUAAAGCCUUUUCAUUGUCUUUAUCUUAUGUUUUGAUCUUUCUUUCUUUCCCACACCCUCACAGUCCUAAAUCCUAAAAAAGGCUACGGAUUCUGACACUGAAAACAGAUUUUAAAGAUUAUUUUUUCUCAAACUUGAGGUCAUACAUUUCAAGUGCAUAGCCUGCAGCUACAGGGAUCUGCCUCCCCCUGGUGGUCAGAAAGUGCACCGACACAAGCCUGCUGACAAAACUUUGUGUAACUGUUCUCUGAAUGGAUGAUCACUGUCAACAUUACUAAGUUAUUAGGGAGUAUGAAACAUCACGCUGAGCUACUGUUUAUAUUUUCAUGUCUGCUGUAGAAAGAAAAUACAAGGGAUUUUUGCUUAACUUUAAAAAAAAAUAUUUAAUAUCACUAGCAAAGAUUUUGCACUUAAAUGAACAUGUUUACCUUUUAAGAGAUUUUUUUAAAGAAAGUGUUCCUGCAAAAGAGUAAAAAACAUUCCUGUAUCUUGUCUUUAUUAAUAAACUUCUUUCUGUCUGUA